AUGGAGAUUAUGUUGGCAGCCAAUAACUAUUUUCUGGUUGUGUUUCCCUACAUGGUAGAUAGAAAUAGAGUCUUUGAAGGAGGUCCAUAUUUCUUCAAUCAGGUUGGGCUCUUUAUCAAGCCAUGGCAUGUGGGCUUCAACUCUGUAGAAGAGCUUCCCUCAAGAGUGCCUGUAUGGGUCCGUCUACCAAGGCUUCCACUGGAAUUUUGGAGGGAUGAUAUUCUUCACUCAAUUUCACUUUUGCUUGGAAAGCCCAUUGGUUCGGCUAGGCAAACUCAAGACAAAAAGGUAAUUUAUUAUGCUCAAAUUUGUGUGGAAGUUGAUUUAAAUAACCCGUUACCAGAUUCCAUGGAAAUUUGUCUGGAAUCCUCUUCUUGGAUCCAACAAUUGGACUAUGAAACAUUGCCAUUUAGAUGUCGAAUCUGUCAUGAGUAUGGACACUUGCAAAGGAGAUGCCCUAGAAAUAGGUCAGUACCUUUAGGGAGUACUGAUCCCUCUAAUUCCAAUCCUAAGGUAGAUAAAGGAAAGGCUCUUAUGCCUGAUGGGCCUGUUGAUAAGGAAGGUUCCAAUCCUGUUAAGUCUCAUAACAAAGGAAGAGGCCAGAAGAGAUCCUGGACAGAUAGACAAAAUGAUGGGGUGUUCAACAAGUUUGAAGUUUUGGAUGACUUGGUCCAAGAAGAAGGAAUUCCAGUGGAACUUUCUUUUGGGGCUAAAUCUUUGGGAGUGAUUUUAGAAGAGGACAAAGGUAAUGAUUCUCAGGAAUUGGCUAUGAUGGAUAGACAGGAAGGGUAG